UCGGUAGCGGAGGGAGGGUCCGCAGGCACACGAUCAGCCUCUGCUAGCCUCUCUGGUCCCGCCCUCCGGAUGGAUCCCAGGAGCCACUGUGCGCCCCGCCCCGCCCGCACCGCCGGGCGGUGAUCCUGUAUGCGUUCGCCGGGCGCGGUCUCCAGCCCUGGGAAGAUGUUGGCAGCGGCCGCAGCGGCUGAGACAAUGGCAGCGCCUUUGGGCAGGAAAGGUGGAAGGCAGCGGGACCAAGACGUAUCCGGGACCCGGAGACUGAGGUCCGGGUUGCGUCUCCCGAGGCUGCUGGUGGUGCUCCCGCCGCUGCUGCUGCUCCUGCUGCUCCCGCUGUUGCUAUUGCUGCUUCCCGCAGAGGCCGGGGCGGCGGCGACGUCGGGAUCCGGCUCACUGGCAUCCAAGGCCAAGGACUGUGAUCCGCUCUGUGUCAACGGCGGCCGCUGCGACCCUGGCACCGGCCAGUGCGUCUGCCCCGCCGGCUGGGUGGGCGAGCAAUGCCAGCACUGCGGGGGCCGCUUCAAGCUAACUGGAUCUUCUGGGUUUAUAACAGAUGGACCUGGUUAUUAUAAAUAUAAAACGAAGUGCACAUGGCUCAUUGAAGGACAGCCAAAUAGAAUAAUGAGACUUCGUUUUAAUCAUUUUGCUACAGAGUGUAGUUGGGACCAUUUAUAUGUUUAUGAUGGGGACUCGAUUUAUGCACCCCUAAUUGCUGCCUUUAGUGGCCUCAUUGUUCCUGAGAGAGAUGGCGAUGAGACGGUCCCUGAGGUGGUUGCCACAUCAGGUUAUGCCCUUCUGCUUUUUAGUGAUGCUGCUUAUAAUUUGACUGGAUUUAAUAUCACUUACAAUUUUGACAUGUGUCCAAAUAAUUGCUCAGGCCGAGGAGAAUGUAAGACCAGCAACAGUACUGGCAGUGUGGAGUGUGAAUGUUCUGAAAACUGGAAAGGUGACUCGUGUGACAUUCCUUACUGUACAGACAACUGUGGUUUUCCUCAUCGAGGCAUCUGCAAUUCAAGUGAUGUCAGAGGAUGCUCCUGCUUCUCUGAGUGGCAGGGCCCUGGAUGUUCAGUUCCUGUGCCAGCUAACCAGUCAUUUUGGACUCAAGAGGAAUACUCGAACUUAAAGCUGCCCAGAGCGUCUCAUAAAGCUGUGGUCAAUGGAAACAUAAUGUGGAUUGUUGGAGGAUAUAUGUUCAACCACUCAGAUUACAGCAUGGUUUUAGCGUAUGAUCUUGCUUCUAGGGAAUGGCUUCCACUAAACCAUUCUGUGAACAAUGUGGUUGUUAGAUAUGGUCAUUCUUUGGCUUUAUAUAAGGAUAAAAUUUACAUGUAUGGAGGAAAAAUUGAUUCAACAGGCAAUGUGACCAAUGAGUUGAGAGUGUUUCAUAUUCAUAAUGAAUCUUGGGUAUUGUUGACCCCAAAGGCAAAGGAGCAGUAUGCAGUGGUUGGGCACUCAGCACAUAUUGUUACACUGAAAACUGGCCGGGUGGUCAUGCUGGUCAUCUUUGGUCACUGCCCACUCUAUGGAUAUAUAAACAAUGUUCAGGAAUAUGACUUGGAUAAGAACACCUGGAGUAUUUUGCACACCCAGGGUGCCCUUGUGCAAGGGGGUUAUGGCCACAGCAGUGUUUAUGAUCACAGGACCAAAGCCCUGUACGUCCACGGUGGUUAUAAAGCUUUCAGUGCCAAUAAAUACCGGCUGGCAGAUGACCUCUACAGAUACGACGUGGACACCCAGAUGUGGACCAUUCUUAAGGACAGCCAGUUUUCCCGUUACUUGCACACAGCUGUGAUAGUGAGUGGAACCAUGCUGGUGUUUGGAGGAAAUACACACAACGACACAUCCAUGAGUCAUGGUGCCAAAUGCUUCUCUUCAGAUUUCAUGGCUUAUGACAUUGCUUGUGACCGCUGGUUAGUGCUUCCCAGACCUAGUCUCCACCAUGAUGUCAACAGAUUUGGCCAUUCUGCAGUCUUAUAUAACAGCAUCAUGUAUGUGUUUGGCGGUUUCAACAGUCUCCUCCUCAGCGACAUCCUCAUAUUCACCUCGGAACAGUGUGAAGCACACCAGAGUGAAGCUGCUUGUGUGGCAGCAGGACCUGGUGUCCGAUGUGUGUGGGACACAAGGUCAUCUCAGUGUAUCUCCUGGGAGUUGGCAACUGAAGAACAAGCAGAAAAGUUAAAAUCAGAAUGUUUCUCCAAAAGAACUCUUGACCAUGACAGAUGUGACCAGCACACAGAUUGUUACAGCUGCACGGCCAACACCAAUGACUGCCACUGGUGCAAUGACCAUUGUGUCCCUAGUCAUCUCAGCUGUAUGGAAGACCAGAUCUCCAUUUCUAGGUAUGAGAACUGCCCCAAGGAUAACCCUAUAUACUACUGUAACAAGAAGACGAGUUGCAGGAGCUGUGACCUGGACCAGAGGUGCCAGUGGGACCCCCGGAAUCAGGAGUGCAUCGCCCUGCCUGAAAAUAUCUGUGGCGUUGGCUGGCAUUUGGUUGGAAACUCGUGUUUGAAAAUUACUACUGCCAAGGAGAAUUAUGACAUGGCUAAGCUGUCCUGUAGGAACCUCGAUGCCUUCUUGGCUUCCCUCACAACCCAGAAGAAAGUGGAAUUUGUCCUUAAGCAGCUACAAAUAAUGCAGCCGUCACAGAGCAUGUCCGAGCCCACCUUAACCCCAUGGGUUGGCCUUCGGAAGAUCAAUAUGACCCACUGGUUCUGGGAAGAUGUGUCUCCAUUUACCAAUAGUUUACUGCAGUGGAUGCCAUCUGAGCCCAGCGAUGCCGGGUUCUGUGGAAUCUUGUCAGAACCCACGACUCGGGGAUUAAAGGCUGCAACCUGCAUCAACCCUCUCAAUGGCAGCAUCUGUGAACGGCCUGUGAAACAAAGACCCAAGUGCCGUACACCAUGUGCCUUGCGGACUGCGUGUGGGGAGUGCACCGGCAGCAGCUCUGAGUGCAUGUGGUGCAGCAACAUGAAGCAGUGUGUGGACUCCAAUGCCUAUGUGGCCUCCUUCCCUUUCGGCCAGUGUAUGGAGUGGUAUACCAUGAGCAGCUGCCCCCCUGAAAAUUGUUCAGGCUAUUAUACAUGCAGUCGUUGCUUGGAGCAGCCAGGCUGUGGCUGGUGUACCGAUCCCAGCAACACUGGGAAAGGGAAGUGCAUGGAGGGAUCCUACAGAGGACCAGUGAAGAUGCCUCCACAGGCCUCUGCUGGAGCCGCCUAUCCACAGCCCCUUCUGAAUUCCAGCAUGUGUCUGGAGGACAGUAGAUACAACUGGUCUUUCAUUCACUGUCCAGCUUGCCAGUGCAACGGCCACAGCAAGUGCAUCAACCAGAGCAUCUGCGAGAAGUGCGAGAACCUGACCACCGGCAAGCACUGCGAGACCUGCAUAUCUGGCUUCUAUGGCGAUCCUACCAAUGGAGGCAAAUGCCAGCCAUGUAAGUGCAACGGGCACGCUUCCCUGUGCAAUACCAACACUGGCAAGUGCUUCUGUACCACCAAGGGUGUCAAGGGAGAUGAAUGCCAGCUAUGUGAAGUAGAAAAUCGAUACCAGGGAAAUCCUCUCAAAGGAACAUGUUAUUAUACUCUUCUUAUUGGCUAUCAGUUCACUUUUAGCCUCUCCCAGGAAGAUGAUCGCUAUUACACAGCCAUCAAUUUUGUGGCUACUCCUGAUGAGCAAAACAAGGAUCUGGACAUGUUCAUCAACGCAUCUAAAAACUUCAACCUCAACAUCACCUGGGCUGCCAGCUACUCAGGUGGAGCCCCACCUGAGGAAGAGAUGCCUAUUGUUUCAAAAACCAACAUUAAGGAGUACAAAGACAGCUUCUCCAGUGAGAAGUUUGAUUUUCAAAAUCACCCAAAUAUCACUUUCUUCGUUUAUGUCAGUAAUUUCACCUGGCCCAUCAAAAUUCAGAUCGCCUUCUUUUAACACAUCAACUUUAUGAACUGGUGCAGUUCUUCAAAACUUUCUUCAGCAAACCAUCUGGUGGCCUCCUCGGGGACCCUUUUUACCAUGAAAGAAGAAAUCUCUUCCUGGAGGAUGCUGGAAGCAGAUGGGCUUGAAUCAAGACUCAUCCCCAUCCCUAUGGACCUAGUCUGCCUGCUGUGAGCUGAUGAGUUUGAGAAAGAAAACUGUGGACAAGAUCCAACUCGCCCUUGAUAAGUUUCACUUGAAAUAUCUUUACUUCAGUUGCAUUUUGUUCUCUUGAGGGUCAGAGACCAAGUGUUUUCUACAGUCUUAAUUAGCUUCUGUAUAUUGACUCUCCACCAGCAGCAUGGUCGUGGCCCUUCAGGCUUGGAGGGAAAUAAAAAGAAUUAAAUAAAGACAUUCAGUAUUUCUAAAGGAAAAAAUGUUCUGUUUCUAUAUUUCACCAGCUAAAAUGAAAUUCCCAUGUUUGUGUUCCUUUGAUCAAUAAAAUUA